AUGGUCAUUGAAGAAAUUCAACUGGUCUUGCUUUCCAAACUUAGUCCAUCUGAAUCUUUCCUGUGCUGGGAUUUCUGGAGUUAUUCCAUCCCACCUAGGUUGAGGGUGUUUGAUCUUUCUUAUAAUGGCCUAAAUGGUUCUAUUCCAAGAGAAUUGGGUAGUUUAAAGAAUCUCAUUACAUUAAAUUUGAGCCAUAACCAUUUUCGCGGUCCAAUUCCUUCAACUGUUGCUCUUUUUUCCAACCUCACUCAUCUAAAUAUGUCAUCUAAUGAAAUUAAUGGGUCUAUUCCAAUUGAUUUAGGAAAGCUGAAGAACAUGGUUUCUCUGGACCUGUCUCACAACAGGCUCCAAGGACACCUCCCAUCCAGUAUAUUCCAACUGAACAGAUUGACUUCCCUAUCAUUUUCUCACAACAAAAUCAAUGGUUCCAUACCUCCGGCUUUGGGUGAUCUAACCAAUUCGGUGGAGUUGGACCUUAGUUCAAACGAAUUUGAUGGUCCACUCCCUCUGGAAAUUAGAAAACUAAGAAACCUAGAGUCGUUAGUCCUUAACCAAAAUCAAUUGAUUGGUUGCAUUCCAUUAGAAAUUGCAAAUUUGAAGAACUUAACAUUUCUGGAUGAAAGCUGA